AUGGAGGACUGGUUGAACGGUAUGAGAAAUGCUGGUGACUGUAGAGCUGCCAGUGAACCUGGAGCCAGUGAAUUUCUCGGCGGUGAUCACCAGUGGUAUGCUACCAGUCAUGCUAGGCCAACAUACUGCAAUGUUUGUCGAGAUGCACUAUAUGGAGUGACGUCUCAUGGUCUCAGUUGUGAAAUAUGUAAAUACAAAGUACAUAAAAGAUGUUGUCAAAAAGCAAUAAAUAAUUGCAAAUGGACUACACUAUCAUCUAUUGGAAAAGAUAUUAUCGAAGAUCAAGAUGGAAAUAUUCAGAUGCCCCAUCAGUGGUUGGAAGGAAACUUGCCGGUUUCUUCAAAAUGUGCUGUCUGUGACAAAACAUCGGGUUCUGUACUACGACUUCAAGAUUGGAGAUGCUUAUGGUGUAGAGUAACAGUUCAUACGGCAUGUAGACCAUUAAUUAGUUGUGUAUGUCCUCUUGGACCUGCUAAAUUAAGCGUAGUGCCUCCUAUAGCAUUGCAUAGUAUAGGAAGUGAUGAAGCAUGGGAAGCUGUGAGACCUGUUGGAUGUAGUCCACUGUUAGUAUUUGUAAAUAGUAAAUCUGGUGAUAAUCAGGGCAUUAAGUUUCUCAAAAGAUUUAAACAGUUAUUGAAUCCCGCCCAAGUAUUUGAUCUUAUAAAGGGUGGACCUGGACCAGGGCUUAGAUUGUUUCGACAUUUCGACCCUUUCCGGAUUCUGGUGUGCAGUGGAGAUGGGUCUGUCGGUUGGGUCCUUUCAGAGAUCGAUCGGUUAGGAAUGCACAAACAAUGCCAAGUGGGAGUGUUACCAUUGGGAACUGGAAAUGAUCUUGCUCGUGUACUUGGAUGGGGUGCGUCUUGUGAUGACGAUACACAUUUACCACAAUUAUUGGAAAAAUACGAAAAAGCAGGAACUAAAAUGCUUGAUCGUUGGAGUAUUAUGACGUUUGAACGUAGUAUAUCAUUAUCAUGUUCAAAGUUAUCUUCAAAUCAAAAUAACGAUUUAAAUUUAAAUCUCUCAAUGGUUCAACAGUAUGAAGAUAAUGUUAUUUUUCAUAUAAAAAAUAUUUUACAUGCUGAUCAGAAUACAAUUAUUGUAUCUAGUGCAAAAGUACUUUGUGAAACAAUUAAAGAAUUUGCUUCUCGUAUGUUGGAAACAAGUUUUAAUAUUGGUGAUGAAAUACUUGAAAACAAAUGCGUUGUUCUUGAAGAAAAAUUGGAUUCGUUAUUGCAGACACUUGAUUAUCAUGAUAAUUUAGUGGAAAUGGUAAACGAUGAUGUUAAAUUUACAAUUGCUGAUAAUCAAUCGUGUAUGAAAAAUUUAGAAAAAGGAGUACUAGAAAAACCAGAAAAAGACAUUAAAAAUUUAAAACAAUUGCGUAAAAAUAAAAAUCCUAUUGAGAGAGAUGCAGUAAUGGCAAGAGCAAAUAGCUUGAAGCGAGCUAUUAGACAGCUUGUUGAGCAAACCGAAAUAGUUAUUAAUAAACAAAAAAAUUCAACUGGUAAAUUAACAAGUAAAUUAUCAUCUAAUUUAGCUAUUAAUUCAAAAGAUUAUGAUGAACAAGGAUCAUCUAAUUCAUGGAAUGUAAAUGAUGAUAAACUGGUAAACACCAAUCCUCAUAUUAAUUCUCAGGGAUUGAAACAAUGUGAGAGUAAUUCGUCUAUUGGACAAUCAAUUGUUGUUUCCUCAACAAGUUCAUUUGAUAUUUCUUCGUGUCCUAGCCCUACUCCAAAUUUAACAUCUCUAAGUCCAAUGCCUGAUUUAAGAAGAGAUUCACAAGUUGAUGAAUUACUUACACUUCCUGCACCUGAUGGGUUUGCUGAUAGCCGUAGAAAUAGUUACAAUAUAAAUAAAGAAUCUGUCAGUUUUUCUGGUAAUGAUGAAGCAACAGUUAUAAAAGCUAUAUCUGUUUUGGAUGAAUUUAAAUCUUCAGAAUUAACAUCAACAAGUAAAGUCGAUACUCCGACAGAUAUACAAGUUACUGUAACAAGUACAACAUUAGAUACAAGCUCAAAGUCUGAUGAUACUACAAUACAGGAUGCAUUAAUAUCUCCAGAUUCAGAUAUAAUAAAUAUAUCAAAUGCUUUUGUUCAUCGAUCAGAUUAUGAUAUAGAAACUCAUCAACUAUCUAAAAGUAGCUGCAGUAAUAGUAUUGCCAGUACGGAUAGUCUUAUUUCAGAGACUUUGGAUUCAAAAAGUUAUACUAUUAAACACAGUGAAAGUGAAAUUGGUAAUGCAGAUAGUGAUAUUCUUGAUUCAACAAAACAAUCAGAAUUAUCAGAAAUAGGACAUAUUGAUUCACCAGAAAAUUCCGAUAUUCAAAAUUCCGAAAGUAUGAUUGAUGAUUUGAGUUCACUUGGCCAGGAUUUAAUUAGUACAAUGCUUGGAGAAAAAUAUGAUUCAGUACGUGAGUGUAUUGAAACCGAUCAAAGUGAUAAACCAAAAAAAUAUUGUAGUUUGGCACAAUUUGUUGAAGGAAGUGAUAUUGCACGAAAAUCAUUUAAAAGACCAUCUAGAUAUAUCACAACUCUUUUAAAAGAUGAUAAUUCUCAAAAACAAAAAAUAUAUAAUAACAAAUCACAAAUACCCGUUAUAACUUUUGAUAAUACAGAAAUUAAUAAAACAGAUUUAUUGAAUCCGGUUUGUUGUUUUACUCUAACAGCUGAUACAAUUAAAUCAAAUGAAAAUAAAAUUCAUUUUCCUCAAGAAAUAAAUGUAAUUGUUGAUCCACCAAGUCCAUCAAUGUCUAUUGAUAGCCCAUACGAAGAAGAUGAUGAUAAUAAUGAUAAUUAUGAUGAUGAUAAUAAAAAAAAAAAAAAAUCUGGUUUAAGACGUCACACAGGUAGUAUGGAAAAAUUGAGUGUAGAAUUAUUACCGGAACUUGGAUUUUCACCUCAAGCAACACGACGUAUAAGCUGUGGUAGUUUAAUAAAACCAUCAGAAGUUGGAUCUCUGGCAGCAACAGCAGCAAAGCUAGGAGGUUCGAAUAUAAGUUUACGACAUGAUCGGGCCAAGUCAAUUGAUAAAACAUCAGAGGAUAUUAAAAAAUUGCCAAUAAUAAAUCCACUGGUACGAUUACCAACGUGGCCAAAUAUCGGAGGAGGCGCUGGAUUUAUUAGCCAGGCAUUACUUGCAAAUGCUGAUGCACUCUGUGCAGCUGUAUCGCCAUUAAUGGAUCCAGAUGAAACAUUAAUGGAGGGAUAUUUUGAACGUUGUGUAAUGAAUAAUUACUUUGGAAUAGGUAUUGAUGCUAAAAUAAGUCUUGAUUUUCAUCAUAAACGCGAAGAGCAUCCUGAAAAAUGUAGAUCACGUGCUAAAAAUUAUAUGUGGUAUGGAGUACUUGGAUCAAAACAGUGGUUACAAAAAACUUAUAAAAAUCUUGAACAACGAGUUCAACUUGAGUGUGAUGGCCAACGUAUACCUUUACCCUCACUUCAGGGUAUUGUUGUUUUAAAUAUUCCAAGUUUUAUGGGAGGUACUAAUUUUUGGGGAGGUACCAAAGAGGGUGAUUUAUUUUUGGCUCCAUCGUUUGACGAUCGUAUAUUGGAAGUUGUUGCAGUUUUUGGUUCAGUACAAAUGGCUGCUUCUAGAUUAAUUAAUUUACAGCAUCAUCGUAUUGCCCAAUGUCAAUCAAUUCAAAUAAAUAUAUUGGGUGAUGAAGGGGUGCCAAUCCAGGUUGACGGUGAAGCUUGGAUCCAACCACCGGGAAUCAUUAGAAUAAUUCAUAAAAAUCGCAUGCAAAUGCUCUAUCGAAAUAGGGCUCUAGAAACGUCACUGCGGACAUGGGAAGAGAAACAACGUAACAAUACAUCUACCAACGUAUCUCAAUCGUCAUCUUCGUUAACUAAUAAUAUAGUUCAGUCCCGAUCUUACACACUGGGUGAUAGCAAACCAAUACAAUUAUAUGAAGAGGAAUUAAAUAUUCUACUUGGAUUAAUUGAAGUUAUUACAACGCUUGUUAAAUGGGUUAAAUUACUCACCAUAUCACAUCCAAGUUUUGAACCGGAUCUUUAUCAGAUUGCAGAUCGGACCGCUGUUAAUUUGGAGAAAGUUCAUCCAGAUGGAAAAAUUAUUCAAGGGCCGAGCUUACGACCUUUGGUGACGGAGCUGGUAUCCAGUGCGAGACAACUUUAUGAAGAAUCAUGCGAGUUGCUUCGUGACUCGGGGCAAAUUUUACGAAUACGUUCAGACUUGGAGAAUAAGUUAUCCCAAUCACUGGCGGCAAUGGAACAAGAAUUGAAGAAAUGUGUAUUCGAUGAAGCAGGUACGGGUCUAGUAUAUCUUCAAAACCCAUCAGCAGAUGAUCAGGCCGAUAAGAAGAAUCGUCAUCGCGGUUUAUUUUGGUUAAAGUUCCGGCGAUCGGGUACGAGCAACAGUAGUAGUAGCAGUCAUCUGGCACGAGAUCAAGUGACGAGCUGGGGAGUCCAGGAUGUCUGCACUUGGCUUGAGAAUCUACAACUUGGCGAGUAUACUGAGCAAUUUAUUUCACACGAUAUCCGAGGACGAGAAUUAUUAAGUCUCGCACGUCGUGACUUGAAAGAACUUGGUAUCGUUAAAAUCGGUCACGUUAAACGUAUAUUACAAGCCAUUAAUGAUCUUAAUAAUUAAUAUAUUAUUUAAUUAUACAAUGCUGAUUGGCUGUGCGUUAAUGACAAGCACUUACAACCUACAAAUAGUAAUAAUAAUAAUAAUAAUUAUUAUUAUUAUUAUUAAUAAAAAAAAGAAAGCAGUAUUAUUCGAUCUUAUUAAAUUUGAUUAAAUGUGUUGAUACUAUACUUUUAAUGAUCUCAUUGUCAAUUGAUUUAAUAGUUCGAUUUUAAUCUAUAUCUAUCUAUCUAUUUAUUUAUAAAUGUUAUUGUCUUCUAAAUGGGUAAUUUUGUGCUUCCUCUUUUAUAAAUUCCUUAAAGGUGUAUUAUAUAUAAAUAACAAUCAAUACUGUUGGUAUUAUUAGUACUUAAUCUUUGAGACCACUUAAAAUUUUUUACAAUAAUAGUGCAAGCACAUUAUUAAUAAAUAUCAACAAUUAUUAAAAUAGUGUAAUCUAUCGUUAAAAAAUCUAAAAAAUAUAGACUUUUAAAUUAUAAAUGAUAAUAAUAAACAACGAAUUGAAACAGUAGAUAUUUUUUAUUUUAAUUUUAUCCUUAAACUUGCACAAUUAUGAAAAUAAAUAAGUAACAACUUGUUCUUAAAAAUGAUUAAUCGUAAAUAUAGUUUAGUAAUUUUCAAGUGUCCUUAUUUUCGUCACAGACGGAAUAAUACAGUCGGGGAAGCACUAAUUAAAUUUACUACUUUUUAUUAAUUAACUAAUUUGUUCUCAAUCAUUUUUUUAUUGAAUUCAAAUUUUGAAUAUGAAAUAAAUUUACCGACAAAUAUUCGACUCUAGUUGACUAUUUUGUCAGUGGUAUUGGUUUAAAAAAAAAAUUGAAUAUUUAAAUGCUAAUAUAUUCUAAGCUUCUCUAAUUGCCUCCGUACUUCUUACUACUAAAAUUAAAAAUAAUCGUUGAGUAAUAGCCAAAUAUUCUAUUAUCAUAUAUAUAUAAAAGAAAAAAAGUAAAGUUAUAUACCACCGACCAAGUGAAUUUUUUACCUGCAAAAUAAAAUUUUGUCGGUCAUCUUUAUACAAGCCUUAAGAUUAAUAUUACUCUUGCCUUUUCCUUACUCACAUUAUUAAUAUUAUCAUCAUCAAUUGUUAUUGAUUUUUCUAAGUGUUAUGUUUUUCUAAGAUAAAAGUAAAUAAAAAUAAAAAAUAAAAGUAAAUUUAACUAAAUUUUUCAGACUGAGCGUAUGACUCUUUUAUUCUUAUUCUUAUUAUUAUUAUCUUAAUUAAAAUAAAAAGUUAAUAAAAUAAGCAAUGUCUUGAUUAUCUUGUUCAUGUUAUUUAUUAUUACGGAUUUAAUAAGCCGUUAAUCUGAUUUUAAACUUUUAUUGUUAAUAAAUAUUUACAUUACACUUUAAUUAAAUUUCAAAUGACGUUAAUUAUAAUUAUCACGUAGACUUAAAACUAGUAUUAAGAUAUAGAUAUAUAUAUAUAUAUAUAUUGCACUAAAAUUGUUAUGUAUCUUUUAGUUAUAAUAAUUCCAUCAAAAACUGUGUUCAAGUAUAACAACACAGUUUUAAAAAAUAAAAAGAAUAAAAGUAUAAUGAAUGCAAUACUGUAAUUUAAAAAAAAAAAAAAACAAA